GGUAAGCACCCAGGCCCACUUCAGUCGGCGAAAGCACAGGCGGCUGCCAAAGACAGCAGAGAAACCCGGAGCAGAAGAGACCAGCCGAGGAUGCCUGCCCUCUUGUUCUACCUUCUAGGAUUCUGUCUCCUCCAGGGCCAAGUUACCGGAAGAGUCACGUAUGAAUGGAUGAUGGAGAAUGUUAAGAUAUGCCGUAAUGAUUUUGUCAGAACCGCGAUCGAAGUCUGUGGCCAUGUCCACUUGGAAAGAGAGUCUCCGAGUCCAGAAAACCCCUUUCUGAGUUCUGGACCAGCUGCAGAAACUGUGCCAUCAUCCAUCAAGAAAGAUGCAGAAAAUGCAAAUACUAUGUUGGAAUCCAUUCCUAACUUGCCACAGGAGCUGACGGCAACACUAUUUGAGAAGCAGCCAUCAAAGCUGUAUCUACAAUACCUACCUACAUUGAAGAAGUCAAAUGUUAGUUUUGAAGAAUUUAAGAAAAUUAUUCAGAAUAUACAAAGAGGAGUGGAAGGUAGCAGGGCUUCAGAAUCGAAUACUUUCUCCCGAAAAAAGAGACAGUUCUCUGAGAGUCUGCCUGAAGAAUGUUGCAAAUAUGGUUGUCCCAGAUAUUAUCUUCUUAUGUAUUGCUGAGAUGGAGAUAACUGCAUAGAUUUCACAUAAUUUUCAUGUGUAUUUCACAUGUAUUCUUGAUAUUUUCACUUAUAAUUCUGUCAGGAUGCUACUGAUUACUAGAAUAUAAGACCUCCACAGCUGAAGGUUUGUGCAUUGUUCAUUUUAUAAUAAAUGGUAUGUCUGUGCA